UCCAUUUCCCUCAGCAAAGUCACAGCUCAAAGUUAAACAAAAAGGCCACCCACUGCAAACCAAAGAAAAACCAAAACAGGGAACCCCAAGGAAUCUCUGGUUCUUUGGGUUCCAAGAAUUCCUUUGCUUUCCUUGUGCAAGUGAUUUUACAUCCAAACAAACCAUGCCUGAAGAGGUAAUUACUUAUCUUUCUCAGCUUUGAAUUCCCCACCUCCAAAGGGAAGACAUAGCCCUCUUCUCCCUAUUGCCUAUUUGUCUUUGCUUCUGGUUUUCCUUUCAACAUGGUCCAAAGAAAGGUACAAAACCAGCUUGCAAAACAAGCAGAUCCUAAUGUUAAAUUCGAGAAGCGGUUGGUGAACCUGAAACCAUCUUCUCAGUUCCAAGAUGGCAAAAAUAGAGGAGGAGCUGAUUUGAAGAUAAAGAUGAAGAAGUCAAGAUCAACCAAGCUUUCAGAUAUUGAGAGCUUGAGAUCACCAUCAUCAUCAUCUUCAUCACUACCUUUGAGAAAGAGCAUGUCCCAGCCCGGAAAGCCACCGCCUCUCAAUGUUCAAAGCAUUGCAGCAGCAGCAGCAGUCCCUCUGAAGCAGGCUUUGACCAAAACAAGUGAUGGCUCAGCACCAAACUAUAUGAAGUCCACCAGCUGCUCUGAUGCAAGGAAGGAGCAAUCACAGGUUAGUGUUCGAAGUUCUCCGGUUAUUUCAGAUAGUAAGAAUCAAAACCGAAGAAAUUUGAGCAAUUCAAAACUUAGCUCUGGCUCUAACACUAAAUCAGCUAGGACUUCUAGUCUGAAGCUGGUGAGAACUUUAAUAAAGUCCCCUAGUUUUAAGCAUGCAAGAGCUUCAGCCAAGAAAACUUCCAGGGUUGCUCUUUGUGAAGAUGUGAGAGUUCAGAAAGCAACUUGUUCUUCAACACUGAAGGACUCAAAGUUUCCUAAGUAUCUGAUGAUUAGUCCUGGCGGAACGGAAGCUGAGGGAACUUCAAUGAUGAAGGUCUGCCCCUAUACUUACUGCUCUCUUAAUGGACAUCAUCAUUCACCUGUGACUCCACUGAAGUGUUUCUUGUCGGCAAGAAGACGGUCUUUGAAGAACCAGAAGAUGGUGAAAUUGCAAGCUCUAAGUCCUCGUAAAGCAAAGCCAUCUAAUUUGGGAAUGAAGGAAAAUGAUUCCAAGCAAAUGUUGUAUGAUGACAAUGAAAAACCUGCUCAAGAAGAAGUCGGGAUCGAUUUCUUUGUUGAAAUAUUUGCUAAAAGCAAGGAAGAUGAUGCUCAAACAAUUUUUGAGAAUAUACCUGAAGCAGAAACCAUAGAUAGCUUUCCUGAAGAGGAGCAAAAAGAAGAUGUGGCUGAUGAAGAAUACCAACCUUCUUUGGAUCAAGAAGAACCUGCCAUGAGAAGCUGUUCGAGUGAGAGUGACACCGAUGGACUUUCGAGCGUUGAAGUAGAUUAUGCCAAUUCUGAAGCAACUGACAUGGAGUGGGAGGAAGGGCAAUUUUCCCUUGCAGUGCUGUAUGAUGAUGAUGAUGAUGAUGAAUCUGGUUCAAGUGGUGGGUUUUCAUCAAUUCAAGAUGGUGAUAUGCAUGAAGAACCUGUGAUCAAGUCUGAUGCCAUUGUCAGUAACUGCAAUGACAUCAUUCAUGAUUACUAUGAAGUACUGCAGGAACUUUUCGAAGAGAAAACUCCAUCUUUUGAAAUUCAACUCAAAAAUGAGGGCAAAAAACAGAAUUUCGGCGUUGAAGAAUCUGAAAGAUUGAGCUAUGACCAAUUUUCUUACACUGAAGAUUCAUUUGAAGAAGACAGUGAACUAUCAGAGACAGAAAUAGAGAUAUCUUCAUCUUCAAUACAAGAGCCAACGGAGGACCUAACAGCAACUGGUGAGGAAGUUCAAGAGAAAAUUGGAAUGGAGUCCCAUCUUGGAGAUGUUGAAAGCCACUACUACACUGCUGCUUGUGAGACAGAUGAAGCUUCAGAUAGCCAACCAAUGAAUGAAUUUCAAGAUGACGGAACAACUAUGUCGACAAGUAACCAUAUUUCUAAUGCCGCUCAGGAUAUCAGCACAACAUAUGAAGCUGAAACAAAUGCAGAGAAAGAGAAUUCAGAAACAGACCAAAAUUCUGUCACUUCUGUUUCUGGAAAUCAAAUGGAAGAGGCACAGAAAGUUGAAGACACCGAAUCCUCAGCAGAUAUCCAGAUUUCUGAUUCAGCAAAAACUAUGGUUGUACAUGAUGAAGAUGCUAGUAAGGUUGGUGAUAAUGCGGACACUGCUGAAGAUUGUAAUUCAGGCCAAGGUAUUGCUGAUGAAAGCACUUUUGUUGAGGGUAAAGAUAACCUGGCUAAUUGGGAGUACACAGAUAAUGCUAAAGCUGAGAAUCAUAGCUUCACAGAGAAGGAUCAAAGUGAAUUUAAGAAGGAAAAUAUCUCAAAUUCCAGUGAAGGUGAGGAUCAGAGUGAUCUAAAGCUGAAGCAAAUAGGUGUAGCAGAAAACAGUGGUGGAGACAUUGAUGGAAUGGAAGUAGACAACAAUUCAGGGCCAGAUGCAGCAGAAACUUUUCGUAAGGCCAAUAGUAGCAUCAGUCCAGGGAUGAAGAGAAAGUUUUCCCAUCAAGAAAGCAAUUCCGACGAAGAACUCUUAAACACAAACCGGAAAUGGAAAAUCAACUGCAAGAGAACUAUCAAGGAUGAGGAAGAACAAUGGAAAUACAAUCAGAGAAAACCCAAUUACCUGCCGUUGGUUCCUGGCCCUGAAGCAGAGAAGGUUGACUUGAGGCAUCAGAUGAUGGAUGAAAAGAAAAAUGCAGAGGAAUGGAUGCUCGACUUUGCAAUCCAACAAGCUGUCACCAAACUUGCUCCAGCUAGGAAGAAGAAGGUGGCAUUGCUUGUUGAAGCUUUUGAAAAAGUCAUGCCAGUGCCGCAAUAUGAACCCCGUUUGAAGCAUUCUUCAGCAGCCUUCAGUCAUGCAAGACCUAUGCAAGCUUGUAGCUGAUGGUAGUUGCUGAGGAGGAAAUUUCAGAGUGCUAUAUCUACAAUAAGUCAAUGAAGUAAGAGGUAUCCACAGGUCCAGAGAAACGACUAUCAUUUCUCCGUUCCUAUCUGAAUUUACAGAGGAAAACCAUCAUGCAAUGAUGGGAUUCGACAUUUGGAAUCGAAUCUGAGAUGUGGGUGUUGUAGUAUAGCUUGCACAAUAAUUUAUGUAAUGCCAGUUUAACAUUAUAAUGGUGUUGAACAGAUGUUAUUAAGCAAUCUUUUGCUGUUGUAAGGGGGCACUUAUCUCCCAGACAUUGUACUAUUGCUUGUUUGAUAAAUCAAGUGCAGAAUGACUGCUGUGUUCA